AAUUCAUUGAUGCUAUUGGAAAAGUUAUUGAAGAGGCUGUUUGCCAAAAGAUUCAGAAGUCUUCUGUUUGGAGUAUUAUGAUAGAUAAAAGUACUACGGUUAUAAUGGAUAAGAAUCUUGCAAUUAUUUCUAAACAUAUUUCAAAAAACUUACUAGUUUAUUAUUAUUUGGGAAUAAUUAAGCUUAAAGAAGAGACAGCAAAUACAAUUGUCAAUGAAUUAAAUAUUUUUAUACAAGCAAAAAAUUUGUCAAUUGAUCAUCUAAUGAAUAUAGAAAGUGACA